CGCCACGACAACAAGCAUGGGAAAUCAAAACAAGUUAUAAAUUUUCUGCUAAGUCUUAAAACUUUCUCUCAUCAUAUAUACUGAUGACAACUAAAUUGAUAAAUUAUCAUGGGAAAUGUUGAAAUGCAUCAGCUAGAACCAGUGCGGGAAGAUGAAAGAAAAGAACUUGAUUUAAGCACACCUGUUGAUUAUAAAGCAUAUUGUAAGCAUGUUAAAGGAGAAUAUUCUUAUAAAUGCUUAUCUGAAGUCCCUACAGUGAUAACUGAUUCAAUAUCUCUUCAUGAAAGAAUAAAUUUAUCUUUUAAUUGUAUAUCAACUCUUCCACCAGAGCUUCCACUUAGGAUACCUCAUAUUGCAUAUUUAGAUCUUAGUUAUAACAAAAUUUCAUAUUUACCAGAUAGUAUAGGUCUUUUAUUUCAUUUGAAAAGCUUACUUCUCUCUCACAAUAUUUUAGAGCAAAUCCCCUCUAAUAUUACUCGUUUGGUAAAACUGCAUAAAAUUGAUAUUUCUCACAAUAACUUAAAAGAAUUACCUGAGAAAAUAGGAGAAAUGGAAUCUCUAAAAAAACUCAAUGUGAGUCAUAAUAAACUUACAAGUCUUCCAAAGUCAUUAGGUUACAGUAAAACCAUUCAAGUCAUUCUUGCUGCAUCAAACUGCUGCAUUUCACAACCACCUCAAAAUAUAUGUGACAGUGGAUCUGAUUCAACUAUUAGGUUCUUGAAGCAACUUGCAUCAGGGAAAAUUUUAGCCAAACAAGAACAGCAACUAAAUAUAUUUCCAAGAGUUCGAGCUAAUGUGAUUCAAACUGCCAAACCCAAUUCUGAUUCAGUUAGAGCCCAAUAUGUGCAAAUACAAACAGCCACUUUGAAUACUGCCAGUAGAAUACGCACACCAUUAUUGCCACCUUAUGAUGCGACUCAACUUCAUCCAGAUGUAUUGAGAGAUAGAAUUAUUGGUUUAUUAUAUGGUGCUGUCAUUGGUGAUGCUCUUGGUACAGCUACUGAAUUUCUAUCUCAAGAUGAAUGUCAAUUUCAUUAUGAUGAAGAAACCCUUUCUUAUGCAGAUGUCAUACGAGAUGAGCAUCGAGCUCACUGGACCCGAGGUGAUUGGACUUCAAAUUCUGAUCAAAUGCUGCUUGUGUUAGAUUCCCUCUUGCAAUGGGCUGGUGUUGUAGAUGAACUAGAAUUUGCCAAACGUCUUGUGUCAUGGAAACGAAGUGGUGUCCCUGAGCUUGGACCCAGAGAAAUUUAUAUUUUUUCUACAACAAUCAAUUUGGUGUUACAAGCUGAAAAUUAUUGCCGCAAUCCACACCAAGUAGCUGAAGAUAUUCAUAAGCAUAAUGGGUUUGGAAUCUCUAAUGGUGCAGAUAGUAAUUCUAUCAAAUCAUCUUUAUUUGUUGACAGUGGCUCUCUUCCAAGGUCUAUUGUACUUGGCAUUCCACAUUUUCAUGAUUUAAGUGAAGUUAUUUCAAACUCUACUCGGAUAUGUUUAGCUACUCAUUUUGAUGAAAGAUGCGUCACAGCAUGUGUUACUUUGAGCAUUGCAAUUGCUUUAAUGCUUCAGGGAAAGUAUUCUCUGGAUGAUUCUUCUUCAGUUGAUGAAUUAUUGAGAAUUGCUGUUCAGUUUGGAUUAGGCCAUUGUCAAAAUGAAAGUGUUAAGAAAGAAUUUACUUACUAUUGUAGGUGUAGUGACUAUAAAAAUAUAGGUUUAUCUGAGGUUGGAAAAGCUUGUCAUCCUUUCAAGGCAUGUGCAGCAGCUUUCACUGCUUUAAGACAAGGAAAGAAUUUUAGAUCUGCCCUCACAAGUUUGUUAAUGCUUGGUGGAUAUAGCAGUAUGACUGGUUGCAUUAGUGGUUCUCUACUUGGUUGUAAAUUUGGUUACUCUCAACUGCCUAGAGAAUGGAUUGAAGGACUCAACAGUAAAAAUAAGGAGUUGUUAAAUGGAAAAAUCAAUUCACUCUUAGACAUGAUGGGACUACCUUAAACAAGAUAAGGUUUCUUCUUGCUGUCUUCAGAAAUUCUUGAUAUACUUUUUUUUAAAAUAAUAUUUUAGAGUGCAUGCUAACAAAUUCAAUAAAUAAAAAAAAUGAUAAAAUAAUUUCAAUUGUUUUGAUGUUUACAAUUAUUAUUUUAUGCUAUCAUUUUUCAUUAUGUCUCAUAGAUGAUACCAUUAUUCAUAUGAAUGUUAUAAAUAAUAAGUGUUAUUCAUUUCCUUCUCUGUUCGAAUUCAAUGAUGCAUGGAAUAACUAGAAUAGUUUUUACUUUAUUGGGGCUUCUUAAACUAUAGAUCCCAGUUUUAAGUGGAAUCAGACAAAGAAUAUCAAGGUUACAAAAGCAGUUAAAAUUUCUACCAAUUUUGUUGAUUUUGUGAUAAAAAAUAAUUGAUAUUGAUAUCUUUAUUUGAUAUGUUUCCUUAAAAUGUUACUACUAAUGAGAUAUAUACAUUCAACUAACUUUUACAAAUUAUUUAUUAAAAGCAAUUUUUUAUGGGAAGAGAGGAAGGUAUUUGACCUUCAAUCCCAGUUUCUUGCUUAAAAAUCUUUUUUUUUUUUUUAAUUUUUUAAUUAUUUACUUUAUUCAGAGUCUAUUCUUUUCACAUUCUUUCUUUCAUAAAAAAACUAAGGGAAAAUUUUAUAGUUAAAGAAUUAAUCCUUCAUUUCCAUAUUUUAUUUUUCUACUUACAUGAAUGCUUGUGCACAAAUCAAAUUGGUUGUUUCAUACAUAAGUGAAAAGUUUUAAGGUUUAUAAAUUGAUUUCAUAUUUAUGAAUAAAAACUUAAUUUUGUUUUUCUUAAAGAAUAGAAUCUUCAUACAAGUAACCAACUGUGUGUCAUUUUUCUCCUAUGAUAGGAAAUUGUACACAAAUGUCUUUGUAUCAUAUGGUUUUUAGUGUGCAUGGAUAUUUGUUCAAAAAAGUGCAAUAAUUACAAAUUUUUAAGUUAAUUUAUGCUUUUUUUUAUAUAUAUUUUAUGAAUCAGAAAAUAUAAGAGGCCUAAUUGCAGAUGCUUUUGCUUGUUUAAUGCUUUUUUUUAAAUCUUUUCAUUGUAAAAGUUUUUAUUUGAAAAUAUAAAGAGUUUAAUUUUUCAUUGGUAUGAAUUAUCUUCUUCAAAAUUUUAAAAAAGAAAUAAGUUUCCAUUAUAAUAGAUUUAAUCUAUCUCUUAUAUUUCAUUCUGAUAUAUCAUUUAAAAUAUUUUAUAUUCUGAUGAGAUAUAAACAUCUUUUUACUUUUUCUUGUUUUACAUUGGCUUGCAUUAUUGCUAACAUAAUUUUGAUAUUAAGAUAAAUUGAAAUAUAUUAUUCAAUACACUAGCUGCUACUUAAUGUGAUUGCUUCAGGACUUGAGAGUUUAAUUUAAUUAGAAUAACAUUAACUAAUUGAUAACAAUAACUGAAUUGGGUAAAAUUAAUCAUAUUUUUGUCAUAUAAAAGGGGGGGGAAUACUUACACCCUAGUUAUCGAUAAUUCAUUUAAAAAGUAACAUUUAAAAACAUCAUUCCUUAACAAUUCACUUAUAUUUUGUUUGUACUCUUUAAUUUUUUGAUUGAUGAAGCAUACCCAUUUUUGAAAUAUCAAGAGUUUAAUUUAUUUUGGCAUUCAUUAGAAGUUCUCUAAAGCACAUUUGCCCCCAUCAAAAUCAUCAACAUUUAUUGUUUUUCCUUGCUCAAAAAAGCUAGCACUUUUUUCAAAAUUUUAUGAAGAAAAGGUUGUAAAAUUUUCAAUUACACCCAGCUGAAAAUUUAAUACUUUUUUUUCUUUCAUUUGCAUUUAUAAUUCAGUCACUGGUAACAGUGGUUUAUAGUUGUUAAAAUUCAAGCCAAACUGUUAUAAUAGCUAUAUUUUUAAAAAUAAAAGAAUAUGAAUCCCAUCUCAAAGGAAACAUGACUGCCAAAUAUUUCCUUACAAAUAGAGUGUGACAUUUCACAAAUGUUAGUUAACACUGGCUGAAAAUGAAGGAUCAUAAAAAACUUUACUUCAACCUUAAGCAAUGCAGUAAUGACGCUAAACAAAUAUUUUUGUUUACAUAUGAAUGCAACGGUGUGGUUCAUUCAAUAGAUUUUGUUAAUAUAAAAUGAAUUAUAACAUUAACUGCAAUCACAUUAAGCAGCUUCUAUUGUAUAUAAAUUUGAUGGUUUAUCAUAAAAAAAUAGAAUUCAUCUUUAAAUUGAAAGUUCAAAUAAAAAUUAGUUUUUCUAUAAUAUUAAUUAUAUAAAUUUUUUCAGGCUAAAGAAAAAGAUGCAUACAACAAUUCUGCUAACUUUAUUUCUAUAUAGUAUAUUAUGUUUUUGUUUUGUUUUUUCUAUAUAUUAAAUUAAUUCCCAGUUUCUCUUAAUUGCUUAAUUUUUUAUAAAUUAAUAUUUUUCUUUUAAAAAUUGCAUUUUUUAAUAGUUUUUAUCCUAAAAUAUGCAUAAUUUUUUGU